AGAAUUUUCAUUUCUUGAGCACGUGUGGUAAUAUCUAGAGGUAUUGCUGCUUUUGCACUAUUUUCAAUUGCCUGUGCCAUUUUGUGAUUCUUAAAUCAUAAAAUUAGCGAAGAUGCCUGAAGAAACCGAUGUUCAGAUGGGAGAAGCCGAGGCGGAAACCUUUGCUUUCCAAGCUGAAAUCGCCCAGUUGAUGAGCUUGAUCAUCAACACCUUUUAUUCCAAUAAAGAAAUCUUCCUUCGAGAGUUGAUCUCCAAUUCAUCUGAUGCACUUGAUAAAAUCAGAUAUGAAAGUCUUACUGAUCCUAGCAAACUUGAGAGCUGCAAAGAUCUCUACAUAAAGAUUGUUCCAAAUAAGGAUGACAAGACCCUGACUAUCAUUGAUACUGGCAUUGGAAUGACCAAAGCAGAUCUGGUUAACAACUUGGGUACCAUUGCCAAGUCUGGCACUAAGGCCUUUAUGGAAGCCCUGCAGGCUGGAGCUGACAUCUCUAUGAUUGGACAGUUUGGUGUUGGUUUCUAUUCUGCUUACCUGGUAGCCGAUAAAGUCACCGUGACCUCCAAGCACAAUGAUGAUGAGCAGUACACAUGGGAGUCAUCAGCUGGUGGAUCUUUCAUUGUUCGGCCAGAUCAUGGUGAACCUUUGGGCCGUGGCACGAAAAUAGUCUUGUAUCUUAAAGAUGACCAACAAGAAUACUUUGAGGAGAGAAGAAUCAAAGAAGUAAUCAAGAAACACAGUCAGUUCAUUGGCUAUCCUAUCAAAUUGGUUGUUCAGAAAGAGAGGGAAAAAGAAGUUUCAGAUGACGAGGCAGAAGAAGAAAAGGAAGAAAAACCUGAAGAUGAGGACAAAGAAAAGCCCAAAGUUGAAGAUGUUGGAGAGGAUGAGGAGGAAGAUAAGGAGAAGGGAGAUAAGAAGAAAAAGAAGAAAAUCAAGGAAAAGUACACUGAAGAUGAAGAAUUAAACAAAACCAAGCCAAUUUGGAUGAGGAAUCCAGAUGACAUCAGCCAAGAAGAGUAUGGUGAAUUUUACAAGAGUUUGACCAAUGACUGGGAAGAUCAUUUGGCAGUAAAACAUUUCUCUGUAGAAGGACAGCUUGAAUUUAGAGCUCUUCUGUUUGUCCCUAAACGAGCGCCUUUUGAUCUUUUUGAAAAUAGGAAGCAAAAGAACAAUAUUAAAUUGUAUGUGAGGAGAGUGUUCAUCAUGGAUAAUUGUGAAGAUCUCAUUCCAGAUUACUUAAACUUCAUCAAGGGUGUUGUGGAUUCAGAAGACUUGCCUUUAAACAUUUCCAGAGAGAUGUUACAACAAAACAAGAUUCUCAAAGUGAUCAGGAAGAACUUAGUCAAGAAAUGCUUGGAGCUUUUUGAUGAAAUUGCAGAGGACAAAGAUAUGUACAAGAAGUACUAUGAACAGUUCAGCAAAAAUCUUAAGUUGGGCAUUCAUGAAGAUUCCACCAACAGAAAAAAAUUAGCAGAAUUCCUUAGGUACUACACUUCUCUCUCUGGUGACGAGUACUGUUCUUUGAAGGACUAUGUGUCAAGGAUGAAAGAGAACCAGAAGAGUAUCUAUUUCAUCACUGGUGAAAACAAAGAUCAAGUAGCAAGCUCUGCCUUUGUGGAGAGGGUCAGGAAGCGUGGAUUUGAAGUUAUUUACAUGACAGAACCUAUUGAUGAGUAUUGUGUCCAGCAGCUGAAGGAGUACGACGGUAAGACCUUGGUGUCUGUGACGAAAGAAGGUCUUGAGUUACCUGAAGAUGAAGAGGAGAAAAAGAAAAGAGAGGAGGAUAAAGCAAAGUUUGAGAAUCUCUGCAAAAUUAUUAAGGAUAUUUUGGACAAGAGAGUAGAAAAGGUUGUAGUCUCCAACAGAUUGGUUACUUCUCCUUGCUGUAUUGUAACGAGCCAGUAUGGGUGGAGUGCAAAUAUGGAAAGAAUCAUGAAAGCCCAAGCUUUAAGAGAUUCUAGCACCAUGGGUUACAUGGCAGCCAAAAAGCAUUUAGAAAUCAACCCAGACCACCCCAUCAUUGAAAAUCUUAGGCAGAAGGCUGAAGUUGACAAAAAUGAUAAAUCUGUUAAGGAUCUUGUGAUGCUAUUAUUUGAAACUUCCCUCUUGUGCUCUGGUUUUGCACUGGAGAACCCCCAGACUCACGCCUCUAGAAUUUAUCGAAUGAUCAAACUUGGAUUGGGCAUUGAUGAGGAUGAGCCCAGCAGCUCUGGCCAAGAAGCCAUGGUCGAAGAAAUGCCUGCUCUUGAGGGAGAUGAUGAGGAUGCAUCCAGAAUGGAAGAAGUGGAUUAGGUUAUUUAAGACUUAUUAAAUUAAAUUAAAUUAUUCAGGAUGUGUGCUGAAGUGAUAUGGACAUUUUUUUGGAAUUGAAAGAGAUUGUAUAUGUACAUAGAAGUUCCUUUAUUUAAUAUUUUACACCAUUCCAUUUGUUGUAUAUUCAUUUUCUUUACUGGAAUAAAAUUGUCAGUUGCUAUA